UUCGAGGUCCACGAGGAAAACGACUCAAUCCUGUGUUCAAAGAGUAACCCUCGAUGCAAGGACUUUCCCAAAUAACGACUGGUGGCAGUUGCCUCACUACCUGCCUGCCUUGAAAAUGUUGCUGGCUCGUUUCGUGUGCCUGUGUCGCAUGUCGGGUCACCAGCUUGCCUGCAGACGGUGGUGUGUUCGAUAUUGAACCGGGGUUGUGUUUGUAAAUCGAUAUUUGGACCGGCCUGCGUGCAAGAGAGCUUGCCGUUUGAGCCGCCCGGUACGUUCAGUGCGAGAGGGAACAUGGAUGAGUUAGGCGGCGUCGCAAAUAUGUUUAAGGCGACUCCAUCCAAGAAGGUACCGUAUCAGCUGCAUGCGAAUUUCAAGUGAAGUUAUAAAACGUGUCAGGAAUAAACUGAGUCUGGAGCAAAGAGCGGACGUUAUCACGCGAUACGAGCACAAGACGAGUGUCCGCGAGUUGUCUAGGAUUUUCAAGUGUGGACGGACCCAGAUUAAAGGUAUCCUGCGCAACCGUAGUUUCUACGCCAAAAGACUGUCGAGAUCCACUAAGCGAAAGGCGGCAAUGAAGAAUCGCCCCAAACAAGCGGCGCGGGCCCCGGUGCCCCCCGCACAACCCCAAUCUGAUGCAGUUGGGGUAGUUCUUUUUGAAUGGGUGCAGCGGGCUCGCUGCUACCCGGUCAGCUUGACGAACGAUAUCCUAAGGACCUUUGGUCGAGAGAUUGCUGAACGGUUGGAUUUUAAGGAUUUUCAAUGCAGCCCGAGUUGGCUGAACCACUUCAGACGCAAGUACAAACUCACCGAUGCGGCGUUAAAGAUGAAGCCGGCAAAGGACAUGCGCCCGGGGGACAGAAAGCCGUUGAGCGUUAGUGCUGUCCUUGUCGACUUACGACGAGAGAAUGGAAACUUGAUUCCCACCGUGAAUCCUGACGAUACCGAACACUUUUACUCUGACGGAGAAGAUUCUGAUGCUCACCAUAACGACAAUGGCUUGGCUGUGGAAAGUCUAGUGCCGGAAAUCGACAUAGAAGAAGGAGACUCAGCGAUGCAAAUGGACGACGGUGAAACAAUCAAAAAGAAAAAUCCCAAAGCCAAGGUAGAUCCCGCCAAACGAAUUAUAGACUAUAAAGAGGCUCUGAAGCGACUUGCGUUACUGGAACGAUUCGUCCUAGCCAAGGGAAAUGUGCGAGCCGUCGGAAUAGUAAAUCAGUUGGAGAACUUACUCAGGGAGAAGUUAGGGAAGUAAAUGCCAAAGCAAAUUAAGAUAAGAAAUACGCGAUAAGAAUGUAAAUAGAUUUCCAGAACAUAUUCUAAUUGAAUAAACUGAUGCCUA